CAAACAGCAGCGUCUCUCUCUCUCUCUCUCCCCCUCCCCCGCAUUCACACUGUUCACCAUCGCUCGCUCGCUCGCUCUUCCCUCUCCUCGAUCGAGCUGCGAACUGCGGAAGUGGGGAGUCGGAAUGGAGAGAAUACACGUGAGCGUCAGGGCGAGGCCGCUCUCGCCGGACGACGCCGGGACCAGCCCCUGGCGGAUCUCCGGCAACUCCAUCCUCAUGGCCAAUCUCCCUUCCAAAUUCGAGUUCGAUCAAAUAUUUGGAGAAGACUGUAAGACACGGGAGGUCUAUGAAUCCCGCACCAAAGAUAUUGUCGCCGCUGCUGUUCGUGGAUUCAAUGGAACUGUUUUUGCUUAUGGCCAAACUAACAGCGGGAAGACACAUACCAUGCGUGGGUCAGUGAGAGAGCCGGGAGUUAUCCCUCUUUCAGUUUAUGAUUUGUUCGAUUCCAUUAACAAGGAUGUGGGUCGUGAAUUUUUGUUGCGAAUGUCUUAUAUGGAGAUAUAUAAUGAAGAAAUAAAUGACCUCUUGGCUCCUGAGCAUCGGAAAUUGCAAAUUCACGAAAACUUGGAGCGGGGAAUAUAUGUUGCUGGUCUACGUGAAGAAAUUGUUGCAUCUCCUGACCAAGUUCUUGAUCUUAUGGAAUUUGGAGAAGCUCAUCGGCAUAUUGGAGAGACAAAUAUGAACGUGUACAGCAGCAGGUCUCACACCAUAUUUCGCAUGAUUAUUGAGAGUCGGGAUAAAACUGAAGAUGGUGUUGGUGGCAGUUCUUGUGAUGCUGUCCGUGUAUCUGUUCUGAACUUAGUUGACCUUGCUGGUUCGGAACGUGCUGCAAAAACCGGGGCAGAGGGUGUCCGUCUUAAAGAGGGGUCUCACAUCAAUAAAAGUCUGAUGACUUUGGGAACUGUGAUUAAAAAGCUGAGUGAAGGUGCUGAAAGUCAGGGGGGGCAUGUCCCAUAUCGCGACAGCAAACUUACACGCAUUUUGCAACCUGCUCUUGGUGGAAAUUCAAACACAGCUAUAAUUUGCAAUAUCACGCUGGCACAGAUUCAUGCGGAUGAAACAAAAAGCAGUCUCCAGUUUGCAAGUAGAGCGCUUCGUAUUACGAACUGUGCCCAUGUGAAUGAGAUUUUGACAGAUGCCGCUCUUCUAAAGCGGCAGAAGAAGGAAAUUGAGGAGCUUCGAGCCAAAUUGCAGGGUUCACAUUCUGAACAUUUAGAAGAGGAGAUCUUAAACUUGCGGAAUACAUUACUGCAGACUGAACUGGAGAGGGAGCGAAUCGCUCUGGAGUUGGAGGAGGAAAAGAAAGCCCAAGCUGAACGUGAGAAAAGGUUACAAGAGCAAGCUAAAAAAAUUGAAAACUUGAGCUCAAUUGUGCUGUACUCAAACAGGGAAGAGAUUCGAGAUAAUUUUAAAAAGGGUAGGAGGCGGGAUACAUGGUGCCCCAGUAAAGUUUUGCGCGAGCCGCUUAUGGAGGCUUACUCCGUGCCUGACUUGAAGGAUUCUACUCUCGAACCUCGACGAGCUAAACGGGAUGUUGGUCCACUUCUUCCUUUUGAUAAGUUACUUGAGGACACCGAAACUAACACAAACGUUUUUAGUGAUCGAAAGAGAGUGGAAGACCCUAAUCUUCCUCAUCCACGAGCUCUGCAGCACGUGACUAAUAGGAGGAAAGCAACAGUGAAAAAUAAAAGUGCACCUGUGGUCAUCAAUGAGUCUACUGAUAUCCAUGCAGAGUAUGAGAAUCUGUUGAUGGAAUCUGAAGCUCAGAGAAUCGCCAAUGCUAUACAAGUGGAUUGCUUAACGAGAAUGCUAACUGAAGCCAAAUUUUUUUCUUACGUAAAACAAGAAAAUAAUGUUACAUGUCCUGGAGAGCCAGAGGCUCAUCUUGUGAUAGAGCAACUCCAAGAUCAGAUCAAGGUUUUGGAGAUCGAGAAAACUUUGAGCCAACAGAAUUUGGAUAAAUAUGUUGAGAUGGCAGCAGAAAACAAAUUAUCUGUUGAGAAGAAGUUAGAGGAGGGCAACUUUGACUCUUUGGUCGAGCUUUCCAUGGAAGUUCAAGAUAUAAUGAUUGAAGUCCAAAAUUUGCAAAAUUAUGUAGAUGGCGCUUUUUCACUUAUGGAUGAGGUUUUCCAGAGUUUUUCUAGUGUGUCAAGCACCCUUCUUGAUAUUAAGACCCUUUCAAGUCAGACAUCUCAGCAACAGAAAUUAGUUACCAUUCACCAUGGGAGGUUGCAUGAUUACAUCAAGGAGAAAGUUUAUAAACUUGAGAGUGAGAAGAUUCUUUCUCAAGAUUUCUCUGAUGGUCUCCAGAGGCAAAUACAAGAAAUGAAAACUGAUGCUGAAAGUUCUGAAAGGGCCUUGGCGGAACUCAGGGAGCAAACUGAGUCGGAAAAGAUAGAACUUUUAUCCCAAAUACAGAAUCUUCAAAAGGAAAUCUUGUGCUUAUCCUCAUCCACCUUGGCAAAAGAAAGGGAGAAUAUGAGGAAAGAUCUGGAUAAAACAAAGUUGAAGUUGAAAGAGGCUGAAUUCAAGCUGAGGAAUGUUGUCCAAGAAAAGACUAAGCUUGAGGGUGAAAAAGCAUCUGCUGAGAGGGAGAUAAAAUUAUUGCAUGGUCAGAAGGCUCUUUUAGAAAGGGAUAUCAAUAAACGGGAGUCACUUGCUGGGAGACGGCGUGAUUCAGUUGCAAUUGAUUCGAAAAGGUCUAAGGGCCACGUUCAUAUUGACCAGACAAUGCAGGAAGAGUACAGAAGGUUGGAAGUUCUUGCAUUUGAGAUGGAAGCGACUAUUGCCUCCUUAGAAGAGGAAUUAGCAGCUGCAUGUAAGGAAAAGGAUGAAGUUAUGUCUAAAUGUGAGAGUUUGGCCUUGGAAUUGGAAGUUCAAUCUCAAAACAUGAGCACGUCAAGUUCAGAAUUAACAGGGUUGCAGGAAGAAAUUUCGAAGCUUAAUGGCAAAUUGGAAGAAUCUCAAUCUUAUCAGCAAAAGCUGGAAGCAUCAAUCAAUCAGUUGGUAAAUGAAAAGGAAGAGUUAGCUAUGCAACUAACAGAUUCCCUGCUGGAAAUGGAGGAGGAGAAGGCUAUAUGGUCUGCUAAGGAGAAAGCUAGCAUUAAAGCCAUAGAAGAAAACACUAAGUUGUCUAAUGCAGAGAUUACAUCAUUAUCCACAGAACUGUCUGAGGUGAAGAAUGAACUCGAAUUCUCUAAGGAUCAAUUCAAGGUCCUUAUAGAGCAAUUAAAACUUUAUGAGGAAGAGACAGAACUGGAGAGAGAGCACAGUAGGCACAAGACUAUAGAGAUUGAACAAUUGAAACAUGCCCUCGAAUUGGCUGAUGUGGAGAAUAAACAUUCCCAAAUCAAGAUGAAGUCAGAACUUGAGACCAUAAAUUUGGAGUAUAAUGAUGCUUGCCAGAGAGUAAAUCAGCUACAGACGGAGCUGAAGAUCCUUAAGAAAGAAAAGGAAGAUCUUUUUAUCAAACAUACAGAGUUAGAAAGUGGAACAGAUCUGGCAAGUAAUCUGCAGAAUUUUAAGAGCCAACUUCAUAACAUAACAACUGAACGGGAUAGGUUAAAGACUCAAUUAGAGGAGCAGCAAAGGCACAUGGUUGAACUUGAAUCCCUGAAAAUAAGUCAAAAUGACAAGAUAUCUGAGACCGAAGUUCAAGCAGAUAUACUGUCUGACAGGAUUUCCACUAUGGAAAUAAAGCUGCACACUCAAGAAGUCAACAAUGGCAAGGAAAAAGCAAAGUUGAGGAUGAGACUACGGUGGACGCAGGCAAAGUUGGACGCCAUGAGAUACCGAUGCACUGAAGCGCUAAAUGAACAAGACCUGAUGAAUAGAAAGUAUGAGGAGGCUUCAGGAAAGCUCAAGGAUCGUCUAGCAUCAUAUGGCAUUGAGGUCCUCAACCUCAAGAAACAGCUUGCUGCUGCCAAGGGACAUGUUCAGCCAUGAUGUCCGCACAGGUCGAUGUUGCAUCGCUGUAUACAUACUUGUAUUUUGCAGGCGACCGUCGAGAGUCUUCGAUAAGAGUCAGGAAAGUUUUGUUGCCCAAUUGUACAGAGAAAUUCUUCUUGCCUGUACGUGUAAAUACUAGCUGUACAUUUCUAACUUCUGAGAUAAUUUGUCUGGAAUGGUGGAAUGGUAACGCCCCUUAAUUGAUA